UGCGGAUGAAGCUUAACGAAUUGGACUGAUUUGUGACGCACAGGCGCCGCUCGAGUGCUAUUUUUAUCUCUAGAUAAAUCCCCUUGACAAGGGUCACGAUUGACGUUCAUUAAACCACGCUUCAGAUGUCUAAUUCUUCGAUUAAUUUUCCCAAGAGGUCGCGUACCUUUUCCGUUGUACCGGAAUAACAUAAGGAUUAAGUUCACAGAAUUUUCGAGCGAGAAUAAAUGAAUAGCUGUCCCCCUUCCUGUACAUAUUAUUGGUAUUAGUUCAAAUUUCCUUACACGAAAUACAUCAAUCGAAAAAUUUUAAGAUUGAUUGAUCGGCGACAAAUGCUGUUUAAGAAAAAAUAUCAAGGAAAAAUGACAUUCGUAGUGAAAUGUAUAUCGUGCGGGCAACUGUUGCCCCUUGCUGGUUACCAUGGCAACAGAAUACUAACGUAUACACGUACCGUAUGGACACAGAAAGCCUGAGGCAAUUCUUGAGCGAUGAGUAACGACGAGCAAUUGAAAAUUAUAGUAGUGGGACCUAUCGGAAGCGGCAAGACUACGAUAUCAAAUUUUCUUGCGGAUGCAACAGAAAUUCCAUCAGAACACAGGCCUACCAAAGGUGUUCGAAUACUUGAAUUUGAAAUACAAAGCAUCAAUGUCGGGAAUAAAUUUGUCAAAGCUGAAAUAGAAUUGUGGGAUUGCAGUGGCGAUCACAGAUUCGAGACCUGUUGGCCAGCUGUAAGAGACAAAAGUCAUGGUGUGAUUUUUGUACACAACGGUAAAUCACAGGACUAUGUUCGUGAGCUAGAACAAUUGUACGAUUAUUUCGUUAAUCAAACUGGGCUUGGUCCAACAAAUUGUGUCAUCUUUCAUCACGAUCAAGAUAAUAUCAGUGUCGAAAUUCCUAAAAAGAUGUCGCCCAAGUUGUCUAGAAUAUCGCAAGUAAGCUGUAAUACUGAAGAAGGUGCCAAUAAAUUGAAAGUUGAUUUUCAAUCGUUUUUGGGAACUCUGAUCAGCAAGUUGCAAGAGCACACAGAUCAGGAAGAGAUGAGUCUUAUGCGGGAUAAUAUAUUGUUUGCUGCUUGAAGAAAAAUUUAAACUCAACUUAGUAUUACUACUUGAAUAGUUGAAAGUGACUUACUAAAUUGAAUGUAGAGGUAAGCGAAUUAUGAAACAUCUGAUUGUGGUAAGUUGUAUUUGGCAUUAACAUGUGAUUUACAGUCAACAGUAAUUAAUAGUAUAAUGAAUUACUUUUUAAUACAUUAUCUUUGUCAAUGAGCGGUAAAAAUGAGUGUUUUCAAACGGAAACAACGUGAGUAAAAGAAAAAGCAGGAUUCACCACAAUGAUAAUAUUCUAUACUUGAACGUCGCAAGAAUAAGGUGUCCUUAAGCUAUUAAUUAUUAUACAUUGUACGUAAUAUUAUACUACUCGAUAAAAUACAUUUCUAAUUUCAAUACUUUUGUUCUGUAUUAAAAUUUAAGGUUACGAAAUAAAAGUAAAGUAUUUGCUAAUAAAAUAGCAAAUAAACAGAAUAAAAUUUGAUCAAUUGAACAGAUGAUUCGGAAUUAACAAAAAUACCUUUGUACUACUCACGAUUUCAACAAUCUAUGGUCUUGAAUAAACGCAGAGUUGUUCUACAAUCUACAUAAACGUCAAUAUCAAGCGAAAGAAAAAUAGAGUAAGUGUAAAAUGGAAAAUCGAAUCACCUCAACAAGACGUUUGUAAAAGAA